UAGGUUUUUGUUAGGGAAAGUUACAUUUUUCUUUCAUUACAUGAUUUUAAAGUUGUUUUUUUUAUUUUUGCAGUUUCAAAGCAGUAUGUUUUAUGGGCAACGCAAUGCUGCAUUGGAGACUCAGGAACGUGUACCAUGGGUAGCCCCUGACGACGCUGAAGGAAGUGAUGUCGACGUGAGCCCUUUGGACAUUGACAGUGAUGAUGACGACCCUACCUACGUUCCUGACGAAGGCCUUACUCAGGACGAUGCCUUUGACCCUCCUAACUCUAGAGCUCGCAAGGUCAAUGUUGUUGUCCCUCAAGCGAUGCCUAUGGAAGAGGAAGGUGAGCCUAACCCUAAGAGGUCUCGUGCUGAUGAAUGGAAGAAGGAAGACAUUGAUAUCCGUGCCCUGCCCAACUUCAUUCAUCAGAAGCCUGACUAUUUGAGGGAACCUUAUGAAUAUUUCUCCCAGUUCUUCACAGCUGAAUUGAGGAACACAUUGUGUAUCAAUCCAACCUGUACUCAAGACAGAAGGAUGUAG